UCUUGAGCGAUUCAACACACCCUUUUCCGACGCCGUUUUAUCGUCUUCUCCAAGCUCCUGCAGUCACUUCUGAAACUCCAACCUCCAGAAUGGAAAACACGAUCAAGCAUGCUAUUGUGAUCAAGGUUAUGGGACGAACUGGAUCUCGUGGGCAGGUGACUCAAGUGAGAGUUAAGUUUCUGGAUGACCAGAACCGUUUCAUCAUGAGGAACGUCAAGGGACCAGUCAGGGAGGGGGAUAUCCUUACCCUGCUCGAGUCAGAGAGGGAGGCAAGAAGGUUGCGGUAAUCAUCUGAGAUGGUCUUGUUUGUCGAUGCUCCUAUGUCUGAGUUUAGGUUCUUUGCAAACAACUGUUAUUUUGUGUCACUGAAUGACUAUGCUUUUACCAUUACUGCGUACUACUAGCGUUACAGACUUUAUUUUUGUGAUGAGAUGUUAUGGUUGUUGAGCAACAAUUUUAGUUCUUAAAAGUUACAAUGUUUUGUUGCUUCGUCGGCGUU